CUCUCUCUCUCAUGCCAUGCUGGGCCAGAUAGGCUCAGUCAGACGUGUAUUUACCCAUAUCCGGGUUAGAGAGGAAAAGAAAAAAAAAGUUUCAUUUAAACCUGAACAAAAAACUUUCAACAUGAAAUCACACAGCAGGAACAGGCACAGACCGUAAGGCAUUCUUACCGUUUCUAAUCUCAGUCACGGACUUGGGGAGGGGAAUUUUUAUAAUUUUUUUGUGUUGAAUGAUCAAGAGGGGUUGCUGUUUAUUCAAAUAAGUUGAUUUUCCCCCGUUUCUCUUUUUGCCCCGCUCCCUUUCUGUGCCCCUCCCCCCGUUUCGCUUUUAUUUUAUUUUUGAGGGUGGGUGUUGGAUUUUUUCUUUCGGACUAGCAAUGUUGCAAUGAUCAUGGCCGCGCAAGUAGCAGCGGCUCCGGCGAGUGCGAAGAACAACAAGGGCAAAACCCCGAGUUUGCCGGGCAACUUGAGCCAGGAUCUCAGCUCGGGGGGAGCAGCAGCCGCAGCCACCGGGGGACCUGGACCGGGCUCCAUGCUGGGGGUCGGAGAUGGGACUAACAACAGCAGCCUGAAUAAUGUAGAUCACCAUCUCCUGCACCACCAUAAUGAACUGAACAUGGCCAAUAAUGCAACUUCUGCUGCUGCCACCGGUAAUAACAACAACAACGCUAACACCAGCAAUAGCAGCAGCUCCUCUUCGGAGUCGGCUCUGAAAGAAGGUGGAAGCUCAUCGGGGUUACCGUCUUCUUCCUCCUCCUCCUCCUCCAACCCGGGCUCGGCCAUGGAGACGGGGCUGCUCCCCAACCACAAACUGAAAAACGUUGGAGGCGAUCACCCUGCUGCACCUCCCCACCACCACCAUGCCCACCACCCUCAUCACCAUGCCCACCACCACCAUGCCCACCACCAGCACCACCACCACCAUGCACUACAGCAGCAACUAAAUCAAUUCCAGCAGCAGCAGCAGCAGCCGCCGCCUCAGCACCAUCCGAUGCAGAAUAACAACAGCCUCGGCGGCGGCGGCAGCAACAACAACAACGGCGGUGGCGGCGCUGCUCAGCCCAGUGCAGACAUGGAGCAGCAGCAACAUGGAGGAAAAGACAGUGUUUUGGGAAAUCAGGCCGAGCCCCCGCCGCCGCCGCCGCAGCAGCAAAUGCUGAAUAAAGGGGGCGAGGAGGAAGAGCUGCCCAGCAAAAUGGGCGAGCAGAUCGGCGGCCGCUACGAUCACCCCAGCCUGGGACCUUUGGGCGGACAGCAGCAGCCCCAAAGCGCUGGGAGCGGCAGCGGCAGUAGUAGCCUCGGGAGCGGGGGAGGCGGCGGCCCCUCCGCGGUGGGGGUCUCGGAGUUUAAUAGCUAUUACGGCAACCCUGCCCCUGCCAGCAGCGCUACAGCGAGCCGAGCCGGGCCUUGCUUUGAUCAACAUGGCGGACAACAAAGCCCCGGGAUGGGGCUGAUGCACCCCACGGCGGCCCCCAACAGCAUGGACCCCCUGCAGAACUCCCACGAGGGUUACCCCAACAGCCAGUACAACCACUACCCCGGCUACGGCCGGCCCGGCGGCGCCGCAGCAGGAGGAGCGGGAGCGGCGGCGGUAGCCGCCGCGGCUGCAGCAGGAGCUGGAGGAGGCGGCUAUGGGGGCUCGUCCUCUGGCUACGGGGUGCUAAGCUCCCCCAGGCAGCAGGGCAGCAGCAUGAUGAUGGUCCCAGGUGGAGGGGCCAGCCUUGGCAAGGCUGCUGCGGCGUCUGGGGCUGGAGGCUUUCAGAGAUUUUCCGGGCAGAACCAGCACCCGUCCGGGGCCACCCCUACCUUGAACCAGCUGCUCACUUCCCCCAGCCCCAUGAUGAGGAGCUAUGGCAGCAGCUACCCUGAUUACAGCAACCCCAGUGCCCCACCACAGCAGCCACAACCCCAAGCAGCGACGGCAGCCCCAGGAAGCCAGCAGUCAGCAGCGGGCAUGGGCAUGGGCAAAGACAUGGGCUCCCAGUAUGGAUCUGCAAACCCAGCCUGGGUAGCAGCACAACAAAGAGCUCAUCCAGCUAUGAGUCCUGGAAGCACUGGUCAGACCAUCAACAGAACCCAGGGCAGCCCAAUGGAUCCAAUGGUAAUGAAGAGACCUCAAUUGUAUGGAAUGGGCAAUAACCCUCAUUCACAGACACAGCAAAGCAGUCCAUACCCAGGGCAGUCAUAUGGCCCUCCAGGACCUCAGCGAUAUCCAAUGGGAAUGCAGGGACGGACCUCGGGAGCCCUGGGAGGAAUGCAGUAUCCACAGCAACAGAUGCCGCCUCAGUAUGUUCAGCAAGGUGUAAGUGGCUACUGCCAACAGGGCCAACAGCCAUAUUACAACCAGCAACCGCAACCUCAGCAUCUGCCGCCCCAGGCCCAGUAUCUGUCGCAGGCCCAGCAGAGGUACCAGACACAGCAGGACAUGUCUCAGGAAGGCUAUGGAACCAGAUCCCAACCCCCUAUAGCUUCAGGAAAGCCUAACCACGAAGACUUAAACCUAAUACAGCAAGAAAGACCAUCAAGCUUACCAGAUUUAUCUGGCUCCAUUGAUGACCUGCCCACUGGAACUGAAGCAACACUGAGUUCAGCGGUUAGUGCAUCAGGCUCUACAAGCAGCCAGGGAGAGCAGAGUAACCCUGCACAGUCACCUUUCUCCCCUCAUGCCUCCCCACAUCUCUCUGGAAUCCCAGGGGGUCCAUCACCUUCCCCUGUAGGCUCUCCUGUUGGAAGCAACCAAUCAAGAUCUGGGCCAAUUUCUCCUGCAAGUAUUCCAGGUAGUCAAAUGCCACCUCAGCCUCCUGGUAGUCAGUCAGAAUCCAGCUCCCAUCCUGCCUUGAGCCAGUCACCAAUGCCACAAGAUCGAGGUUUUAUGGCAGGCAUACAAAGGAACCCACAAAUAUCCCAAUAUGGACCUCAACAGACUGGGCCUUCCAUGUCACCACAUCCUUCACCUGGAGGCCAGAUGCAUCCUGGGAUUGGUAGUUUCCAGCAGAGUAAUUCAAGUGGUACUUAUGGGCCUCAGAUGAGCCAGUAUGGACCACAAGGAAACUACUCCAGACCGUCAACCUACAGUGGGGUGGCUAACACAAGUUACAGUGGCCCAGGACCCGGCAUGGGUAUAAAUGCCAAUAGUCAGAUUCAUGGACAGGGGCCAAGCCAGCCAUGUGGUACCAUGCCCCUGGGACGGAUGCCAUCAGCUGGGAUGCAAAGCAGACCAUUUCCUGGAAACAUGGGCAGUAUGACCCCCAAUUCUCCUGGCAUGUCUCUACAGGGAGGCCCUGGGAUGGGCCCACCCAUGCCAACUGUGAACCGUAAGGCACAGGAGGCAGCUGCUGCAGUGAUGCAGGCUGCUGCAAACUCCGCUCAGAGCAGGCAAGGCAGUUUUCCUGGCAUGAAUCAGAGUGGUAUUAUGGGAUCCAGUUCUCCCUACACGCAGCCGAUGAACAACAGCUCUGGCCUGAUGAACCCACAAGCUCCUUACAGCAUGGCACCUAACAUGGUGAACAGUUCAACAGCACCUAUGGGUCUUGCAGAUAUGAUGACACCUGGUGAGUCCAAACUGCCCCUUCCUCUCACAGAUGGCAAAGAAGAAGGACCCUCACAGCCCGAGAGCAAGUCAAAGGAUAGCUACAGCUCUCAGGGUAUUUCUCAGCCCCCAACCCCAGGCAACCUGCCAGUCCCUUCCCCAAUGUCCCCAAGCUCUGCUAGCAUCUCCUCAUUUCAUGGAGAUGAAAGUGAUAGCAUUAGCAGCCCAGGCUGGCCAAAGACUCCAUCAAGCCCUAAAUCAAGUUCCUCCACCACAACUGGAGAAAAGAUCACAAAAGUCUAUGAGCUGGGAAAUGAGCCAGAGCGCAAGAUGUGGGUGGAUCGAUACCUCACCUUCAUGGAAGAAAGGGGCACGCCUGUGGCCAGUCUGCCAGCUGUAGGCAAGAAGCCACUCGACCUCUUCAGGCUUUAUGUCUGUGUCAAAGAGAUUGGAGGUUUAGCACAGGUGAGCGAAAACAAGAAGUGGCGUGAGUUGGCAACCAACCUGAAUGUUGGCACUUCCAGCAGCGCCGCCAGCUCCCUGAAAAAACAGUAUAUUCAGUACCUGUUUGCCUUUGAGUGUAAGAUAGAACGAGGGGAGGAGCCCCCUCCAGAAGUCUUCAGCACUGGAGAUACUAAGAAACAAGCUAAGAUUCAGCCGCCAUCUCCUGCUAAUUCUGGUUCCCUACAAGGUCCACAGACUCCCCAGUCUACUGGUAGUAAUUCCAUGACAGAAGUGCCGGGCGACUUGAAGCCUCCAACACCAGCAUCAACACCUCAUGGACAGAUGACUCCUAUGCAGGGUGGCAGAAACAGUGCAGUUAGUGUGCACGAUCCCUUUUCUGAUGUAAGUGAUUCCGCAUUUCCGAAGCGAAACUCCAUGACGCCAAAUGCACCAUACCAGCAAGGGAUGAACAUGCCAGAUAUGAUGGGAAGGAUGCCCUAUGAACCGAAUAAGGACCCUUUUGGUGGGAUAAGAAAAGUGCCUGGAAGCAGUGAGCCCUUUAUGGCCCCUGGACAAAUGCCCAAUAGUGGAAUACAGGAUAUCUAUAACCAGACUCCAUCUGGAGCAAUGUCCACCAUGAGCAUGAGCCAGCGGCAGCAAUUCUCUUAUGGAGGUGGCUAUGACAGGAGGCAUGAACCAUAUGGGCAGCAGUAUCCAGGGCAAGGACCUCCUUCAGGACAACCACCGUAUGGAGGACAUCAACCUGGAAUGUAUCCACAGCAGCAGAAUUAUAAGCGUCAUAUGGAUGGCAUGUAUGGGCCUCCAGCAAAACGCCAUGAAGGGGAUAUGUAUAACAUGCAGUAUGGCAAUCAGCAGCAAGAAAUGUAUAACCAGUACAGCAACACUUACUCUGGACCAGACAGGAGGCCUAUCCAGGGACAGUAUCCAUAUCCUUAUAACAGGGAGAGGAUGCAGGGCCCCGGACAAAUCCAGCAGCAUGGAAUACCCCCGCAGAUGAUUGGUGGCCCCAUGCAGUCAUCAUCCACCAGUGAAGGUCCUCAGCAGAACAUGUGGCCAACACGGAAUGAUAUGCCUUACCCUUACCAGAACAGGCAAGGCCCUGGAGGCCCUGCACAGGCCCCACCCUAUCCAGGGAUGAACCGCACUGAUGAUAUGAUGGUACCUGACCAGAGAAUAAACCAUGAGAGUCAGUGGCCUUCUCAUGUCAACCAACGUCAGCCUUCUUACAUGUCAUCCUCAGCCUCCAUGCAGCCUAUCACUCGACCUCCUCAGUCGUCCUACCAGACACCACCCUCAAUGCCAAACCACAUCUCUAGGGCUCCAAGUCCAGCAUCGUUCCAGCGCUCUUUAGAGAACCGUAUGUCUCCAAGCAAGUCUCCUUUCCUACCCUCUAUGAAGAUGCAGAAGGUUAUACCCACAGUUCCAGUGUCACAAGUCACAGGUCCUCCACCUCAGCCACCACCAAUUAGGCGAGAAAUUACUUUCCCUCCAGGCUCCGUAGAAGCAUCGCAACCAGUCUUAAAACCAAGACGAAAGAUUACCUCAAAAGAUAUUGUAACUCCUGAGGCCUGGCGAGUGAUGAUGUCUCUUAAAUCUGGCCUUUUGGCUGAAAGUACCUGGGCUCUAGACACUAUUAAUAUUCUUCUGUAUGAUGACAGCACUGUUGCUACUUUCAACCUUUCACAGUUAUCUGGAUUUCUUGAGCUUUUGGUAGAAUAUUUUAGAAAAUGCCUGAUUGACAUUUUUGGAAUCCUUAUGGAAUAUGAAGUGGGAGAUCCAGGUCACAAAGCACUUGAUCACAACGCAGUCAAGAAGGAUGACACCCAGUCCUUGGCAGUGGAUACUGGAAAAGAGGAGGAAAAUGAUGAAUGUAUUGACUAUUUUGAUGAAGAAGAGGAGGAUGAAGAGGAGGAGGAGGAAGAUGACAUUGAAAAAAUAGAAGGAGAAGAAAAGAGCACUGUUUUUGCCACUCCCAGUGCCAUUGCUGAUCCAAGUGAGAGGCCAAAACAAGCCAGUAAAUUUGACAAGCUGCCAAUAAAGAUUGUAAAGAAAAAUAAUCUAUUUGUUGUUGACAGAUCAGACAAACUGGGGCGUGUUCAGGAAUUCAACAGUGGGCUUCUCCACUGGCAGCUUGGUGGGGGUGAUACUACUGAACACAUCCAGACUCACUUUGAGAGCAAGAUGGAGAUUCCUCCACGAAGGAGGGCCCCUCCGCCCCUGAACUCUCCAAGCAAAAAGAAGGAUCUGGAGGGGAAAGGUGAACCUGAAGAACAACAGGAAAAAAGUAUAACAGCUACCAUCGAUGAUGUCCUGUCAGCUCGACCAGGAGCAUUGUCCGAAGACUCAAACCCUGGUUCCCAGACAGAGAGCAGUAAAUUUCCCUUUGGGAUCCAUCAAGCCAAAAGCCACCGGAAUAUUAAACUGCUAGAAGAUGAGCCAAGGAGCCGGGAUGAGACUCCUCUAUGCACCAUAACUCAUUGGCAAGACUCCUUGGCUAAACGCUGCAUCUGUGUGUCAAAUAUUGUCCGCAGCUUGUCUUUUGUGCCUGGCAAUGACACCGAAAUGUCCAAACAUCCAGGCUUGGUGCUGAUCCUGGGAAAGUUGAUCCUCCUUCACCAUGAGCAUCCAGAAAGAAAGCGAGCGCCACAGACAUAUGAGAAAGAGGAAGAGGAGGACAAAGGGGUGGCCUGCAGCAAGGAUGAGUGGUGGUGGGACUGCCUCGAGGUCUUGAGGGAUAAUACAUUGGUCACAUUAGCCAACAUUUCUGGGCAGCUAGACUUGUCUGCUUAUACAGAAAGCAUCUGUUUGCCAAUUUUGGAUGGCUUGCUGCACUGGAUGGUGUGCCCAUCUGCAGAGGCACAGGAUCCUUUUCCAACCGUGGGGCCCAACUCAGUCCUAUCGCCUCAAAGACUUGUGCUGGAGACCCUGUGUAAGCUCAGUAUCCAGGACAAUAAUGUGGACCUUAUCUUGGCCACUCCCCCAUUCAGUCGUCAGGAGAAACUCUACGCUACUUUAGUUAGGUACGUUGGGGACCGCAAAAACCCAGUCUGCCGAGAAAUGUCCAUGGCUCUCUUAUCGAACCUUGCCCAGGGGGACAUGUUAGCAGCAAGGGCAAUAGCUGUGCAGAAGGGAAGCAUUGGAAAUUUGAUAAGUUUCUUGGAAGAUGGGGUCACUAUGGCCCAGUACCAACAGAGCCAGCAUAACCUCAUGCACAUGCAGCCUCCACCUCUGGAGCCACCUAGCGUAGACAUGAUGUGCAGGGCAGCCAAGGCUUUGCUAGCCAUGGCUAGAGUGGACGAGAACCGCUCAGAGUUCCUUUUGCAUGAGGGUCGUUUGCUGGAUAUCUCAAUAUCUUCUGUCCUGAACUCUCUGGUUGCAUCUGUCAUCUGUGAUGUACUUUUUCAGAUUGGGCAGUUAUGACAUAAGUGAGAAGCCAAGCAUGUGUGAGUGGAGAUUAGAGGGUCACAUAUAACUGGCUGUUUUCUGUUCUUGUUUAUUCAGCGUAGGAAGAAAGAAAAAAAAGAAUCUUUGCUCCUCUGCCCCAUUCACUAUUUACCAAUUGGGAAUUAAAGAAAUUAUUAAUUUGAACAGUUAUGAAAUUAAUAUUUGCUGUCUAUGUGUAUAAGUACAUCUUUUUAUUUUAUUUUUUUUAACCAAAGUUGCUGUCUAGUACAUUCAAAGGUCACACUUUUUUUCCCAUAGAUUAUCCUUUUCAAUGUUCUUUUCCAUGUUUGUAUUACAUAUUUUUUGGGAAGCGAACUAGUGACUUUAAAAAAAAUUGUGGCAAACCAUUGUAUGAUGGGGGGAAAGAAAUCUCACCACUUUGAAAUGAAAAGGUGAAAAAAAAAACCAACAUACCAAGUUCCUGUGUGUUUUAUUUUUUCAAAAAAAGGAAAAAUAAAAAUAACCUGUACACCAUCACCCAAAGCUCUGUGCAAUAGAAAAUUCUAGUGAUGUAGGUGUAGGGGAUCAACGAGGAUGUCAGUCAGUAGUCAAAAUACAAAAUGAUAUUGGUUUCUACUCUGGAGAAAUGGUUACAUUAGGCUAGGAGCAAAACAAAAAAAUGUUUUUAAAGUUUAAAAGAUUUGAAACACAAACCUGAUGACGAUAAAUAUAAAUUGCUUCCUCACCAGAACUGUCUUGUCUGCAUCUGUUGUUUGACCUUCCACAAUGACAGUUCUUCACAAUUCCUUUAAUCAUUUUUUAAAAUAUUUUUUUUAUUGCUUAAGGGCCGUGAUGUAUAUAGAAGUUGUACAUUAAACAUGCCCUCAUCUUUUUUUUUUUAAGUACAAAGUUUUUAGUUUCUUUUCCAUGAGGUGGUAACUCCAAAGUGACAGUAGAAUUUUUUUUCCCUUUCAUUUGGGCCAUAUCUCCAAAAAAAACCGAGGGUAAUGUACAAGUUUCUGUAUGUAUAAAGUCAUGCUCUAUUUCGGGAGAGCAGCCGAUCACAAUUUGCUUUAUAAAUCAAGGUGUGAAAAUGGUUACAUAUGGAUUGAUUUAAGAAAAUGGUUACCAGUCUAUAGACAAAAAACUAUACAGAAAAAAAGGAAGAAACACAACUUCAAAGAUUUUUCAGUGAUGAGAAUCCGCAUUUGUAUUUCAAGAUAAUGUAGUUUAAAAAGGAAAAAAAAACUUGAUGUAAAUUCCUCCUUUUCCUCUGGCUUAAUGAAUAUCAUUUAUUCAGUAUAAAAUCUUUAUAUGUUCCACAUGUUAAGAAUAAAUGUACAUUAAAUCUUGUUAAGCACUGUGA